AUGAGAGUAUUACUUGUAUUAGUUGCAUGUUUAACAUAUUUUAGUGGUGGUGCAUUAGCACAAUCAUGUUCUUCAUAUUCUGGUGACAAUUGUCCAAGUACUUGUUUCCAAGGAUCAUAUGAUAUCCCAUGUGGUGCACAAGUUAAAUAUUGUACAGAAAUGAAAGAUAAUUGUGGAGAAGGUGGUGAUGUUAAAUGUUGGAAAGAUGGUAGUAAUCUCCCAGUCCAAACAUGGAGUUCAUGUGUUCCAAGUGAAUUAUUUGGUCCAAAUGGUAAAUUUAAACCAAGUGAAAUACCAAAUUCUUCAAAUUGUCCAACAAAUUGUGAAAAUGGUGUAGAAUGGGUUAAUUUAUGUGGUUUAUCUUGCGAUGCUAAAACAGCAUGUUGCCCAGAUGUUUGUCAAUGUAAAGGUGGUCAAACAAGUGGUGGUUCAACAACUGGUUCACAAACAAGUGGUGGUUCAACAAGUGGUGGUUCAACAACUGGUUCACAAACAAGUGGUGGUUCAACAACUGGUUCACAAACUAGUGGUUCACAAACAAGUGGUGGAUCAUGUUCAAAUACUCAAUGUCCAAAUGGAUUCUAUUGCCAAGUUCAAGGAAAUAAUGCAGUAUGUGUUCCACAACAAUCAUCAACCAGUGGUGGUCAUCAAAAUGAUCCAUGUGAUACCGUUCAAUGUCCAUAUGGUUACAGUUGUGAAUCUAGAGAUGGCUUUGAAGCUAAAUGUACUAGAGAUGAAGAUGAACCAACUCAUAGACCAACUCAUAGACCAAAACCACCACACGACAGUGAUAAAUACCUCUGUGAUAAUGUCCACUGCCCAAGAGGAUACAAAUGUAAUGCUAAAAAUGGUGUUGCCAAAUGUAUUGCCGGUUAUGAAAUUCCAAGAGUAUGUCGUAACAUCCAAUGUCCAACCGGUUACAGAUGUGAAGAUCACAACCGUAAUCCAAUCUGUGUUUUAGAAGAAAGAGAGAAUCCAGAUAAUUGUUUAACUUGUAAUGAUGUUAACUGUGAAGCCUCUGGUUUAGUUUGUGUUAUGACUCGUGCUAGAUGUAAGGUCGGUGCUGCUAAAUGUUGUGAUGUUCAACCAACUUGUAUCAAACCAUCAACCAUCGCAGGCUCAACCAUCGCUUCAAUUGCUUCUACUAUUGCUUCAACUGGUUCAACUGGUGCUACUUCACCAUGUUCCGUUGCUCAAUGUCCAACUGGUUAUGUUUGUGUCGCUCAAAAUAAUGUAGCUGUUUGUUUGCCAAGACCUACCACUACCACCGGUAGCACAUCUGACUCGUCUGCCCUUGGUUCAACCUCUGAAAGCUCUGCCUCUGGUUCCUCUGCUGUUUCAAGCUCUGCCUCUGGUUCUUCUGCUGCUUCAUCUUCACCAUCAUCAUCUGCUGCAAGCUCUUCUCCAUCUUCAUCUGCUGCAAGCUCUUCUCCAUCUUCAUCUGCUGCAAGCUCUUCCCCAUCUUCAUCUGCAUCAUCAAGCUCUUCCCCAUCUUCAUCUGCAUCAUCAAGCUCUGCCCCAUCUUCAUCUGCAUCAUCAAGCUCUGCUCCAUCUUCAUCUGCAUCAUCUUCAUCUGCAUCAUCUUCAUCUGCAUCAUCUGCAGCAACUACAGCUGCAACUACAAUUGCAACUACAGCUGCAACUACAACUGCAACUACAACCGCAACCACAGCUACAACCACAGCCACAACCACAGCUACAACCACAGCUGCAACCAUAGCUACAACCACAGCUGCAACUACAACUGCAACUACAACCGCAACCACAGCUACAACCACAGCUACAACCACAGCUACCUCUUAA